AUGGCCGUACCCACAGCCCACCAUGCAGCCGGCAACAGCGCCGAGUAUGGCCUUCCCAGAGUCCCUCGUACACUGAUGAUUAGGGAGUACGAACCGCUGGAGACCAUUGGAUCGGCGAGUAGAUUCCAUUGCGUGUUUGUUGACGCUGUUCGUGCGCAUCACUUGGUGUACGAGAAAUACCAGAUGCUACACCGCAACAUUGAGCUCAACAGCAUCAUGUGGUACGAGCGGGACGGACGGGUCGUCGGCGUGUUGUGUGACUGGGACCUUGCAGAAGAUCAGGGCUCGGGCGGUUCUAGGACCAAUCGUCGUGCGGGCGACAACGCUGCGAUGGCUUGGCCACUAGACUGGAAAGAAAAUUCAGUGGCGAAGGCGACGACGACGGAGUUGCGAGCCACUGCCGAGGAUCAAGCAACGGAACAGCCCCCAAAGCUGGAGGGCGCGGCUCCGUCGAACGUGGCGACAGACUCCCAGCGCGUAGUCAAGCCAAGGUACCGCACGGGCACGGGCCCGUUCAUGGCGAUGGACCUCUUGCGCGUGAGCGACCCACCCAUCCACAAGUAUCGGCACGACCUGGAGUCGUUCUUCUACGCCUAUAUUUAUUUUGCUGCGACAUAUAACCCAGACGAGCAGGCCUUCGGCUACAUCAAGGAUUGGCAGUGUGCUUCUCUCGUCGAAAUCGGACACAACAAACAUGACUUUCUCUCCGACGAAGACGUUCGUCGCGACGUCGUGAAACAAGCCCACGAUACGCUCAAGCCGCUGCUCGUCGAAAACACUCCGCUGAUGAACCUUUUGUAUGAAUUCAACGAUAUCGAGCAUGACUGGUCCAGCCUCAAGAAUCUUAGGAACAACCGCGCCACAUCGGAGCGUAAGCGGGCCAAGAUUGAGUCGUUGGAGAUGGAGAGGGAGGAAAAGAUGUCCUUCAGCAUAUUCAUGAAGAUACUGGGGGUUUCCGAGGAGGAAAGUGUCUGAAAUGUUACACGUAACGUUGGCUUUCGCCGCUUGACAUGGACUUGUACGGUUUCUGUUCCUUACAUUUACUCGACUUCCAUAUUUCAAUGAUCAUACGUGUGUACUUGC